UGGAGCCUCGUCUGCAUAUGAACGCGGGAAAUUGACAACAAAAUGGCUGACACUACCCCGCACAUUCGCCAGUUGGAUGAGGUUGUAGUGAAUAGAAUAGCAGCAGGGGAAGUGAUAAUAAGGCCGGCAAAUGCAAUCAAAGAGAUGAUUGAGAAUUCAAUAGAUGCUGGCUCAAAAAAUAUUAGUGUUACUCUGAAAUCAGGUGGUCUAAAACUUAUUCAGAUUCAAGAUGAUGGGUCUGGGAUCAGAAAAGAAGAUUUAGAAAUAGUCUGCAAGAGAUUUACAACGAGCAAGCUGACAAACUUUGAUGAUCUGAAGUCCAUUCAAACAUAUGGCUUUAGAGGAGAAGCUUUAGCAAGUAUAAGUCAUAUAGCUCAUGUUACAAUCACAACCAAGACAGCACAGGGGAAAUGUGCAUAUAAAGCUAAGUACCAGGAUGGCUCUUUAAUUGGUGAGCCAAAAGCUUGUGCAGGGAAUUCUGGGACUCAGAUUCUUGUUGAGGACCUGUUUUAUAAUGUUGGUAUAAGAAAAAAGGCUUUGAAAAGUCCAAGUGAGGAGCAUACUAAAGUUACAGAGGUCAUCAGCAAAUAUGCAAUUCACAAUGAGGGUAUUGGAUUCACCUUGAAAAAGCAUGGAGAGACUUUAGCAGAUGUAAGGACAAUGUCAAAAUCAUCAAAGAUAGAGAAUAUAAAGACAAUAUAUGGACCAACUAUUGCAAAAGAGCUGCUUGAAGUCAAAGUGGAUGACAGCAAACUGGCAUUUGAAAUAAAUGGCUAUAUAUCUAAUGCAAAUUACUCUGUGAAAAAGAUCAUUUUUCUUCUUUUUAUAAACAACAGGCUUGUUGAUUGUACUAAUCUUAGAAAAGCAAUGGAAGUUGUUUAUGCUAAUUAUCUACCAAAAGACAAGCACCCAUUUGUGUACAUGAGCUUGAAUAUUAUGCCAAGCAAUAUAGAUGUGAAUAUCCACCCAACAAAACACGAAGUUCAUUUUCUUCAUGAAGAUAUGAUCAUUGAAAGUUUAAAAAAAGCAGUUGAUGCUAAGCUUCUUGGUGCCAAUGAGUCAAGACAUUAUUAUACACAAACACUUCUUCCAACAUUUGGAUCUACUUCAGUGUCUGAUAUUGCUGAUGAGGCUUCUGAGGCAGUUAGUCAGAAAAAUAAAGAAAAAAUAUAUGCCCACCAAAUGGUUCGCACUGAUGCCAGAGAGCAAAAGCUUGAUGCCUUUUAUGAUAUUGCCAGCACUUCAAGUCUAAAAGAUUCUGAGAAAUCAUUUGUAAAAACGUCAAAGUCAUCAACGGACAUUUCACAUGCAGAUGGAAUGGCUGUUGAUGAUACCAUAUUUCAAGGCGAAAGACAACAUGCCAAUAAAAACCAAAGCAAAGGGUCUUCCAACAAGCUGCCUCUGAAACGAAAGCGUGAUCAAUACUCGGAAGAAACUUCAACAUCAGCAGGCCCUAGAAGAAACAUUGGCCUAGCAAGCAUACAAAAUUUACGCAAAGCAAUAGAUGACAACGAACAUCAUGCUUUGAAGGAACUGAUCGAAGAUCAUAUAUUUGUCGGUUGUGUUGACCGCUCUCAGGCCUUAAUUCAACACAGCACCAAACUGUACUUGGUUAAUGUUACAAAAUUAACCAAAGAACUUUUCUAUCAGAUAAUCAUUUUCAGUUUUGGUAACUUUGGUUACAUGAGGCUCAAAAACCCAGCACCAAUCUAUGAAUUAACUAUGAUGGCUUUGAAUACAGAACAAAGUGGUUGGUCUCAGCCAGAUGGGCCUAAGGAAGAUCUAGCCAAAUACGUUGUUGAUUUGCUGAAGUCAAAAUCAGAAAUGUUGGCAGAUUAUUUUUCGUUAGAGAUUGACAAAGAAGGCAAUAUCAUUUCUUUGCCCAUGCUCCUGCGUAGAUACAGUCCUGAUCUGUAUCGCCUUCCUAUGUUUUUGCUGAGACUAGCAACCGAUGUUGACUGGGAGGCAGAGCAGACUUGCUUUCAGACAUUCGCUGAUAUUUGCAGCAUGCUGUACGCUUUUGGUCCUAAUUCAUUAGAUAUUAAACCGCUUGACAAUGCAGAGAAUAACAACAUAUCAGGUAAACCAAUCGAAGAAGAUUCACAGGGAGCAACAACUUCUAAGGAAAAACCGUGGAAAUGGAUUGUUCAGCACGUUUUAUUUCCUGCAUUACGUCAGGGCCUAGUUCCCCCAAAAAGGCUAUCGAAAAACGGGACGUUCUUGCAAGUUGCCAAUCUUCCAGAUCUUUAUAAAGUAUUUGAAAGAUGUUAGCACUAGACAAUUGCCGUCUUCACACGAAAUAAUGAUUGGUUUAUCAUAACAGUGACAUGUAGUUUUUAUAAUAGAAUGCUGGCAAUACAAGUCUGAAAGGCUGCAAACUUGAGGAAACUGUAGCACCUAUUUGUUGACAAAACACCUAUUUUGUAUUUCUUUAAGAAGAGUUAUCCAAGAGUUAUUACAUCACGAACUUCAUCGUUACACAUAAUUUCUCCAACAAGGAAAAGUUUAAAGCACUAAUCAUUAACACAAAGUGACUUAAAAUAAAGAAGAUGUAAUAAUAGCUAAAAUCCAAAACGACCCUACUAUUUUAACAUUCGACACCGUCAUUUCACAUAAAACUGCAUUUCGAAUGAAUAACUUGCUGCACCCUUUUUAAUUUUUUAAUUUUUUUUUCUGUAAGAGUUGUUUAAAAAGUGUUUUGAAGUGUUUGCGAUUAUUUUCAAAAGACGUCUUUUCUCUAGAUUUGACUUGGAAUAUUUUAUAAUCAGACGAUUUGUAUUUCGCAAAAUUUAACGGAAGCAGCAACCAUGUUUGUAUGAUGUCACCCGUUAUUAUACAUAGGAUAAAAUUAAGUAAGCUUAUGUAUUGAUAAAACGUUUUGAGAAGAAAGAAGUGAACUUACGGUCCAGAUUCCGAGGGCAUGCAGGAGACGU